CAUGCAGUGAACAUGUUACUACAGACACGACCAAAAGGAACAGAAAAACCGCACCGUUCGACACCCUCUAAUCCAGAUCCUACGGUUUUGGAACGUAGAUUGAACUGCAACUUCUCGAGGUUUUAGAUACGAUAUUGAAUACUCUAGAUUUUUACUUUUUGGGAAUCAGAUAGAUAUUUCAGGUCUACUUUUGGCGAUCCAUUACUUCUCCUUGCGGUGCUUCUAUCAUUCGCUUUUCUCUUUGAAGGGUAAAACGUCAUAGAAACCCGCUGCGAUGACAGGCGGUGGAGGGGAAGCCCCUGCCAACGGUGGCGAAUUUCUUCUCUCUUUACUCCAAAAGGCCCAACCAGAUCAUCAACAACAAAAACAAUCUCCAUUACUCUCUAGCGUGACUCCCAUGACCAUACCUCCACCACAAUCGCAACCGCAACAGCAGCUACCCCUCGCCAUCGAUCCGGCCGUUGCAGCGGUGGGACCCACAGUCCCUUUCCUCCCAUCGUGGCAAUUGAACGAACGCGAUCUCCCGAGUCCCUGGCCCCAUACAUUCUCUGCGCCUUUCGCUCCUAAUUUUCUAGUUUUUCCCCAAAACCCUUGGUCUUCACCGGCUAACCGAUUCGCUGGUAAUCAAGGAGCCUUAAUGGAUGACUUGAGAAGGCUAGAUUUGGGCUCACCAUCAUUUUUCUUUCUUUUAAUUUGGUGUUCAAGUGGUUGCCUAGAUUUUCAUAUGUUUUAUGUUAGAUGGCAAUUUGCUGAUUUGGCUUUCUUUAACAUGAUAUACUUCCUUAACGCACUGACUCGUGCUAGGGUACCCAUAGUAAAGCUUAUGGAUUCAGCAACUGGAAUUUCCUGUAAUAUAUGCAUAAACAAUGUUUGGGCUGUAGUGAAUACUAAGCUUCUGCAAAAUUAUGCAAAGAUAGACGCUAGACUACGGCAGUUAGCUUUUAUUGUCAAACACUGGGCCAAAUCCAGAGGAGUCAGUGAAACUUACCAAGGAACACUAUCUAGCUAUGCGUAUGUUUUAAUGUGUAUUCAUUUCUUACAGCAGCGUAGACCUCCUAUCCUUCCAUGCUUGCAGGGGAUGGAGACAACCUACUCUGUCACCGUGGAUGAUGUCGAGUGUGCUUACUUUGAUCAGGUUGAAAAACUUGGUAAUUUUGGAUCUUGUAACAAGGACUUUGCUCAACUGGUGUGGGCAUUCUUUAAUUGUUGGGCAUAUGGUCAUGAUUAUGCCAAUUCAGUAAUAUCUGUUCGCACAGGAAGCAUAAUCAGUAAGCAAGAAAAAGACUGGACGAGGAGAAUUGGCAAUGAUCGUCACUUAAUCUGCAUAGAGGAUCCUUUUGAGACAUCUCAUGACCUUGGCCGAGUGGUGGACAAGUUCAGCAUUAGAGUUGUAAGAGAAGAGUUUGAACGCGCCGCUGAUAUUAUGCAGUAUGAUCCAAAUCCUAGUGUUACACUCUUUGAACCUUAUGUUCCUAGUUAACAAAACCUUGUCCAAGUGUGUAAAAAUUUAACCAUGGUUAAUGCUAUUUGGUUUUAUAAUGUGCACAUAUUAGUAUAUGGUUACUUAUCUUCAUAUGCCUAUUCUAAACCAAACAUAAUUAAUUCAUGAUUGUAACCGAGUUGCUUAAAUCAAUUAAUUAAGU